UCAGAUUUGUAUGGCCACAGCUUUGGUGUUGACAAGGAAUGCCUGGCAUGAUGAAAAUUUUUACCUCUUAGUUUUGUCGCUGGAGUGAAUGUGAUUUGCACAUUUAUUUCUUGUUUGCAAUAAAACAAAAAGUCAUUCAUAAUUUGGUAGGUUUUGUUGACCCUAGAUUUAAAAAACUGGUGAUUAACGUUUUCUUCUAACGACGGCUACAAUUUUAGAAGUGUGGUAGCUAAACUGCAGUCAUGGCAUCAUCCCUCUCAGUAAGUGAUAUGGAACAGCUCAAGUUCAGGAUACAUAUGGCUGCGAGAGAGGGUAUGGCCAUCAGCAUCUUUGCAUUGCUGUGGAACAUGGACAAAUCGGUGGUCAAGGAGAUCCUGAACCAUACCACAGAGCAUGAUGGUCAGAAGACAACGCCUUUGGUGAUUGCAGCCAUGCAAGGGGAGACAAAAGUUGUACAGGUCUUACUCAGCAACUUUGAUGUAGACAUUGAGCAGAGAUCCACCGUCCGCUUCGACGGUUACGUCAUCCAGGAGGCAACAGCUCUGUGGUGCGCGUCUGGGGCUGGCCAUCUGGACAUUGUGGAGCUGCUGAUCAAGAACGGAGCCAACGUGAACAACUCGACCGCCACCAACUCUACACCUCUCCGUGCCGCAUGCUUCGACGGCCGACUGGACAUUGUCAAGUACCUGCUAGAGCACGGGGCGGACAUGACCAUACCCAACAAAUACGACAAUACCUGCCUCAUGAUUUCCUGCUAUAAAGGACACACAAAG